AUGACGCCCUUCAUGGACGGGGGCGGUGGUAGUGGCGGUCGAGCCCGCGGGGGUACUGGUGAUCCCGGCGGCAAGAGGCGGGAGAGUAUCCUGACCAAUUUUUUCUUCGGAAGCAAAUCCGAAGCCGAUUCGAAUGUCAAUUCACCAGCGGGGGCACAUCGUGGCAACCGGCACGUGAUCGAAGACCUCACCCUAGACGAUGGCAAUGCUGUUCCCAUCUACAACGAUAUGAUCCAGGGGCGCGAUCGUGGGCUGAACGAGAAACUGGAUGCUCAAAACGUUUUGAAUGCCAGCUUGGAGUGGAGGAGAAUGCGUUGGUGUUCCGGUUAUCCGCAGGCCAGCCUCUGGCGCGGACGUGUUCAACAGCUCGGCGAGCGACUGAUUUGCUGCCGCAAAUGACCAGACUAUUGUGUAGUUUUUUUUGGGACUUAUUCGUUG